AACGGCGUGUCCUGGAAGGCGGCACAGGCCAGGCUGCCGCCGACCAGAGCCAUCUGGACUUUUCUCACGCGCACCCGCUUCCUGUUGGUCGUUGCCAUAGUCGGCCUCAUCAUCUUGUUAUGGAGGGGCGUCACAGGCACCGCCGAAGACCUGCAANAAGUAGCCUCGAAGACCUCGACAAUCGCUAUGCGCUGUGCCUCCAGCUGUCUCUCAACACCUCAUGCUGACCCGUUCUACUGUUUCGGUCCGGCCAAGUCGCCCAUGCAAAUGACACCCAAUGAGCAGAUGCUAUGGACCGGAAGCCUACAGACCCCCGUCAUCUUCAACCACCAUGCUCCCGUCGAGAUCAACCACACCACCAUCAACAGCGUCGACCUCAACCCCAUAAAGAGCACGAGACAGGCCAUUGACAACAAGGAGCGCGUUCUCCUGCUUACUCCCCUGCGCGACGCCGCUCCCUACAUCAACGACUACUUCGAUCUUAUCUCGCAAUUGACCUAUCCCCACGAACUGAUCGAUCUUGCUUUCCUCGUCGGCGACAGCACCGAUGACACCCUCGCCGUCCUCGCCAAAGAACUCGAGCGCAUCCAAAGUCGCCCCGACUCGAUCCCCUUCCGCAGCGCCACCGUCGUUCAGAAAGAUUUCGGCGUUCACCUGAGCCAGAGCGUCGAGGACAGACACGGUUUUGCUGCUCAGGGUCCUCGCAGAAAGGCCAUGGGCAAAGCUAGAAAUUACCUUCUCAGUGCUGCCAUGAAGCCUGAGCACAGUUGGGUUUACUGGCGCGACGUCGACAUCAAGGACAGCCCUUCCAAGAUCAUCGAGGACUUUAUCGCUCACGACCGCGACGUCCUUGUUCCUAGUACGNACGUCUGGUUCCACCGUUACGAAAACGGUCGCGACAUUGAAGGAAGAUUCGACUACAACUCAUGGCAAGAAUCCGAGAAGGGCCUCAAGCUAGCCGCCACCCUCUCCAAGGACACAGUCCUGGCAGAAGAAUACGACACCGGUCGCACCUACAUGGCCAAAAUGGGCGACUGGCGCGAAGACAAGGACGUCGAGAUCCCACUCGACGGCAUCGGCGGCGUCAACAUUCUCGUCAAGGCAGACGUCCAUCGCUCCGGCAUCAACUUCCCGGCCUACCCCUUCGAGAACCAAGCCGAGACGGAAGGAUUUGCUAAGAUGGCCAAGCGUGCAGGUUAUGGGGUGUACGGAUUGCCGAAUUAUAUCGUGUGGCAUAUUGAUACGGAUGAGAAGCCUGGAAACGCGUAG